CAGGCCCGUGUUACUCCAAAACAAGCCACGCCAUUCUUUGUGGACAAAUUGACUCAGUUAUCGAAGCAUCUUGAAGGCGAGCUAGCGAGAUCAAAGUCGAAACUUGACCGUUUCAUUAUCGCACGUGACCAAGCUUAUUUUAAGUUGGCGUUCUUUAGUGGGGACCGCCCAGGAGAUCUUGGUCAGGUAAAAGUUCCGGAGAUCCUUCGUUUUCCAAAUGAUGAUGGGUUCUUAUUUAAUCAUAUCUGGGGUAAGACUUUGCGGGAUGGUGACAGUAAUGUCUUUGGUGUUCGCAGAAAUCCCCAGUCGGUCAUCUGUCCUGUGAAGGGCGUUGAGCAAUAUGUCGAAGUGGCAAGGGAGUUAGGCGUUGAUUUAACAAAGGGAUAUUUGUUUCGUCCGACAACUUCUAAUAAUGGUGUCCAAGAUUCCCCAUUUAGUUCUUCAGCAGCAGAUGCGCGUCUUAAAGUGUAUCUCAAGCAGAUGAAAGCUGAUGAUGGUGAGACAUUGCAUGGCUUUCGUUCGGGUUGUGCGAUAACGUUGGCCCUCACAGGAGCGGAUCUGUCUGAGAUUAUGGAACACGUGGGUUGGGCUAGGAGGCAUACCGCCUUACAUUACCUUCAGCUGGCCAAGGUGCUGAAACAUGAUGGCCCGUCGGGACGACUUGCUACGCCUUCUGCUGAGAAUGUGGUGGCUCCAUGGCAGGAUGUGAAUCAGCUGAAACGUUUUGUGUGUGCUUUUCCAGCUGCUGAGCAGAGGAAACGCCCAGCAGAAUGA